UCUUUUGCCCACUGCAACUCAAUGAGAAGCCUGUAUCCCAAGACCUUCAACUUCAACUUCCAAAAUCUAAAUGGCUAUGGGCGGAAGUCUACCUUCCUCUGCUUUGAAGUGGAAAAAUGGGAGGAUGGCUUAUUUCUUGACUAUCAAAAUGGUGUCUUUCGAAACCAGUUGUAUCCUGGCCAUGCAGAACUCUGCUUCCUGGAUUGGCUCCGUGAGAAGGUUCUGUUUCCUGAUGAGAUUCGGUGUCCUGAUGUGCAAUACCGUGUCACUUGGUACGUAUCCUGGAGCCCCUGCUUCGAGUGUGCAGAGCAGGUGGCUCACUUCCUGAAAGAGAACGAGAAUGUGUACCUGAGCAUCUAUGCCGCCCGCCUCUACUUGUGUGAGGAUGAAGAUGAGCAGGGGCUUCGAGAUCUGGUUGCUGCAGGGGUCAAGGUGGCCAUGAUGGCUCCAGAGGGGACUUGAGGAGGAUUCAUGACUUUAUUUUUGGGACGGAAUGAUGUCUCCAAGCGGCUGGCUCCCGGGGCUGAAAUGGAAGAGCCCUAGCUAAAACUGAAGCAGCACAGCUGUCUCUCCUGCUCUCUGAAGCUCCCCUCCCCAAGUCCCUAUCUAAUAAAAAGGCUAAUAUGCAAAUUG